GUUGCAUGGUGUGGAUAAACUCUAUGACCAGCUCGCUAUCACAUCCCUCAUCCCGUCCAAAUUCGAGCACGAGGCCGAAAGCGAGGGUCGCUCUCUAUGGAUGACCAAAACGUAAACACGAUUAGGUGGAGGUCUCUGUCUUCGGCCGGCCGAUGUUUCGCUGACUUAGCGUGAUUUUCUCACAAAGUGACCCCUGGGGUGGGGUGGGGUAGUCACCCUCCGAGGCAACACGACGACCUUACAGCUGUCCAGAUAGAUCGUGUGUAAUUGUGUGUCUGGUAGGGACUCUGUACAACUAAAACAGACGCCUUUCCGAUCAUCUCGAUAGCUGCGUAACUCGGUGAACUGACCGCACGCCAGAGAUAUCGAGACCUCCACUUUAGCACUUUGGGAUCUCUCUGUCGAGCUGUUUCACGAUAUCACCAUGACCAUCAAACACGCAAACACACAACAACAUCCAGUCGUAUACGAUUGUCCUUGUCACCGGCACCUCAACCCACCUACCUCCUCUUCCUCUGCAUCCUCUUCUAUAUCCACCCGCAAAACCCAAUCUACGAGACGCAAGGUCGACCGUACCCGUAUCAUCCCCCGGUCUGAACUAGCCCAACGGAUCAUCGAUGGGGAAAACCUGGUCAUCUACAAUGACCUCGUCCUAGAUCUCACUCGAUGGGCGGACAAACACCCCGGAGGGAAAUUGGCGGUGUUGCAUUUCGUCGGGAGGGACGCCACGGACGAGAUGGAUGCGUAUCAUAGUAAGAAGGAUCUGAGGAGGGUUGGGGGGUUCGUCGUGGGCAGGGUCGAUGAUCGCGAACCCUACAAACCCCUGACCCCACCCAUCUCCCUCGGCCUAAUACGCGACCCCGAAUCAGCAACAGGUUGGAGGCGAGAAGGUCUGACCCGGCUUUAUGCGCAGAACGAGGAUCUGGGCAAGAAGGAUGCCAGAGGGGAAGGGGGUUAUUACCCGGUCUUGACAAGAGAGGCUUUGGAGCCUGUCGAUAGUCUGUUCGAGGAACACGAUCACGAUCGCAAGAACAGCGACGAAAGCGGGGACGAGGACAGGUUCGAAGACCACUCGAGCUCGGGGUCUAGCUCUGGUUCUAGGGUCGAUGGCGAGAUGGACAUUCCAAUCUCCCUCCACCCAACCCCUCAAAUCCCACGUGUAGAGAAAAUAGACCUUAGACGGGAACACGCUCGAUCCCUAGCCUAUCGCCAACUACGGACCCGUCUUGAACAUGCCGGCCUGUUUCAGGCUGAAGGGUGGCACAAAGGGUAUGCAGGGGAUUUGGGGAGGUAUACGAUCUUGGCUGGGUUGGCGGCGGGGUUUUAUUUCUGGUCGACGAGCACCUGGGGGCUUUUCUGCUCGGCCGUCUUCCUAGGCGCAUUCUGGCACCAACUCACCUUCCUCGCUCACGACGCGGGACAUACGGGGAUCACGGGGCAGGCUGGGAAAGAUCGGUUGAUCGGGACGGUCGUCGCGAACUGGGUCGGAGGGUUGAGCUUGAGUUGGUGGAAGGAUAACCAUAAUAUCCAUCAUCUCGUCACGAACCACCCGGAACAUGAUCCGGACAUCCAGCAUAUUCCUUUCUUCGCCAUUUCGACCGACUUUUUCGGCAACCUCUGGUCGACGUAUUACAAGCGGGUCAUGCCAUUCGAUGGGUUUAGCAACAUGAUGGUCAAGGUUCAGCACAAGGUCUACUACGUCGUCCUCGCCUUUGCUCGCUUCAACCUGUACGCCAACUCGUACGGUUACCUAGCGCUCAAGAUGCCUAGGAACAAGUGGUUCGCGUUCGAGCUCGCUGGACUUGUAUUCUUCUGGACCUGGUUCGGGAUGCUCUUGAAGGGUUUGGAUGGGUGGAAGAUGCGGGUCGGAUACCUGCUCGUUAGCCAUAUCGUCACGAGCCCGGUGCAUGUUCAGAUCGUGCUCUCUCAUUUCGCCAGAUCCACGGCCGACCUCGGCCCUUCCGAAUCGUUCGUUUCUCGACAAUUGCGCACGACGAUGGACGUCGUCUGUAACGAAUGGAUCGAAUUCUUUCACGGCGGACUGCACCUUCAAGUCACGCACCACCUCUUCCCUCGGAUACCUCGACACAACUUGCGACGUGCGAGCAAGCUCGUCAAGGAGUACUGCCAGGAACAGGAAAUCGAAUACGCCGAGUACAGUUUCACCGAGGGCAACAAGAGGGUCUUGGGGGUCUUGAAGGACGUGGCCGAUCAGGUCAGCCUGUUGACCAAGGUCGCCGAGGCUGACGCGAGGGGAGAAUUACAUUAGGGUGUCGACGUCUCGAGCAGUUUGUACGGAUAAGAUUUUGUACAGGGCGAUUCAUGAAGUUUCCGCACAGACAUGAAGUCCUGUAAGUCGUAAAAUACGCUUUGUCCGCUCGAG